GUUCAUCACACAAUAUCUGUUUAUCAGUCAAAGUCCACAGUCGCUUCACUCUCACCUCACACGACUUACUUAAUACCACAACCGCCAACCAAUCACAACCCUCCACACCACAACUUCAAGAUGCUCUUCUCCACCACCACCCUCAUCGCCGCCCUGGCCGCCACAGCAACCGCCCAGUACAGCGUCGCAACCGGCAUCUCACCCUCGCCCUCGUCCGUGGCAGAGGUCGCACCUUACCCCACAACCCUGGCCGUAGCACCUGCACCCAUCCCCUCCGGCACCGCAGCAGGCGCCUCCAGCUCCGUCUCCGGCUCGCCCUCAGGCACCGGCGCCCCCCGCCCCACCGGCAGCACAGCACCAUUUGAGGGCGCUGCCACACCGCUCAAGGGCUCCGUAUUGGGUCUCCUCGUCGCCGGCGGUGUUGCUCUUAUGUUGUAAGAGGUUCACGAGUUCGAGCCGGGCUUAAUUGCGAUGUCUAUGCCGACAUC